AUGUGGAUUGCAUCUAAAUCUCCUAAACUCGGUGUCGCUGUCUACAACUGGAAGGGAGAUGUACGCUCAGGACUACCUUUGGAAAUUGGAGAGACUGUCCAAAUAUUGGAAGAGAAUGGGGGCUGGUAUAGAGGAUUCAGCACAACUAAUAGAUCGGCAUGGGGGAUAUUCCCAGCAUGCGUUGUAUCGAUUCGUCCUUGCACUGUGAAAGGGUCAGGCGCAACUGCUAUUGCUGAGCUGAAAGAUGAUCCCUUGGUUAGAGAAAUAGCAAGUGUUUUGAGGGACUGGGCACGGCUAUGGAAGAAACUUUACGUGGAGCGAGAAACAUACAGAUUUAGUGCGGUGGCGAAAGUUAUGAGAGAGUUGUUGAGCGGUCGCCGUGCUCUCCUCGCUGGUACACUCACCCAGGAUCAAACCAGAGCACUCCGUUUGAAACUGGUCGCCAAACUUGAUUGGGGGAAUAGGUAA